AUGCAGCCAGUCGAUAAGCCGAGACAAUACCUGCCCGGCCCCAACGAUAAACCCCAGCCGCCGGGAGCUCAGUUUUACGACUCCAGAAGCGACAUCACCGACUUCCACGGUAGAAUCGACAAGGCUCUACCGCCUCCAGAGUCUUGCAUAUUACAUCUACAACUGCUGGCCGCCCUUGCCCAACUACGUGAGACAAUUGAGGAAACAGAUUGCCUGUUCGGCUGCACCGACAAUGAUGAGAGAUCGAAAGCCGAUGUACGCUGGACCAUCUUCGUGGCGAAAGCCGUGCAGCGUUACGAGAGAUGGCUCGAUUCGCUGGCCCCGACGGACGAUUCGCUGGAUCUAGGAGACAAUAUACGAUGCAAAAUGUCGCUGCACGAGCUCACAGAUGGCCGAAAUUUGGAUCAGAUCAUUGCAGAAACUCCUCGGAUAUCAUGGUCUCAGCAGACUCUUCCACCUCUCGAUGUCCUCAUGGUCCUGCAUUCGCAUAUGCUGAAUCCUCGAGACUUCUUACAGGACUGCCUCCGAUAUCGCCUGCUGUCCUUGUGGAAAGCUGGCUUUCCCUGGGAUUACAUCGGAUUCAAUGUGGACCCAGAUACGUUCAAGUAUAAGCCGCCACAAGCCUGUCUCGACAGAUAUCAAGAGUGCUUUUCUGCAAAGUGGGACAACGUCGAAGAAGGUUCUCCGGCUACCGUCAUCUGUCCAAACUGCGCCAUGUCCAUCGAAAUACCCUGGACAGACCUGUACGCUGGAGGGUCUGCUCGUAGGGAAAAGGGAAACAUGCAUCUGUCGUUCAAUAUGAGCUGCGCAUGCUGUCGGCAGUCUAUCACGCAGCAGGAGCUUGUGAUGGCUCGAUUCAGAGAAGAUCUCCUGGACUUACGGAAGCUCAGCGAUGUAAUGCCAGGAACCUUGCUGACUGGCAAUGGUUUGAUUCCGACCUCAUACGCCGAAAACAUCUCUCUUGGCAGGCCGUUGCCAAGGGUCUUCAAUGCAUGGCUGCAAUCCGAGCACGGCGAAGCAAUACUCAACGACCUUCUGAAGUCUCCUGGAAUGGGUUUAGACGCACUUCAAACCAAAGUCCGCAAGGCUAUUGACCUUGAAGAUGAGUCCAGUCGGGCAGUCAUGGCAGUAUCUCUGAAGCGGAUGGUAGGCAGGUACUAUCAGAACCCGUCACCAUUCAGUCUUGAUCUCGUUGGAGCAGUCAUCCGGCAGGGCACUUUCGUCAACAAGAUGCGAGACUUCGAUUGGAUACACUCUCCGGCGCUGCAGCACACAGUACAAGACGCUGUCAAACGCUAUACUGGGUUCUUCGAAGUCAUGGCAAUGUUUCCUGACAAUGUGGCAGUUCCUACCUUUGAUGUUGAUUUGGUGUGGCAUACGCAUCAGCUGACACCCGCAAACUACUACGAGUAUUCUCUACGCCACUGUGAUAACGUCUUCAUUGACCACGAUGACAAGAUUGGGGAUGGAGCUCUUACUGAUGCUUUCCGGUGGACGUGCAAAGAAUAUCAGCGUGUCACUGGGUUUCCAUACGACAAAUGCCUCUGUUGGAGCUGUGAGCUGCUAGAGGUCGCUGCGACGAUGCCACGGCCAACCGACAAGCAGCGCAAGGUUGGAUUCUUCGGAAGGGGCAAAAAGCACAAACACAACGGCAACUCCCCUUAUGAGCUGUGUCCACCGGAGGUUGAAGUCAUCCGCAUCCAGACCAGGAAAUUCGAGAGCGACUUCAAGUCCAUGGUGAACAAAACUCUAGCAUCAGGGGGGAAACCGGUGAGCAAACUGGAAUACUACCAGUCAUACUCAUGGCAUCACCCUGCAUACGCACCACUACCUCAAGAGCUCGCUCAAUGA